UCCACCCGGCAGCAUUAAGCUCGCGUUUGAUCUCAACUCGUCGUCCUCGUGCUUGAAACUCAGCCACAAAAACGUUACACUCUACCGGUCAAUGAAUAUUCAUUUCUAAGCUUAAUUAAAACCGUCUAAUCAAUGGAAUUAUGAUGAUAAUGGACAGUAAAAAACAUAUCAUAUUAAUUUAAAACAUGUAAUUAGAACCGGCCCGUGCAAUGUGAGCUCGUUGAUGCAGAGAAUUAAAAUAUAUUGAGGAAAAAGUAAACAGAGGCUAUAAGUAGUAAAUAAAAACUUUUAAAAUGCGUCCACGUUCGGUAGUGCUUUUAUUUUUGUUUUUAAGCGUUAGUGUAAUUAUUGCGGAAUCGAAGCUCCAGCAAGCAGGAACAGUGGACACGAAUGACGAAGACGAUGACGAUGAUCAUGAUGAAGACGACGAUGACAUUGACAGUUCGCGUCCUGAAGUAGACGACGACGGAAGAAUUUACAAGAAUCCACGGAAUUCACCGUCAGCGAUGUGUCCGCGGGAUGAAAAACAAGCCGAGGUCUUGGAACAAAAGUGUCUCAGACGAUGCUCUACUGACGAGGACUGCAAGAGUAAGAAGAAAAAAUGCCGAUGUGAUGGACCUUGCGGUAUGUCCUGCAUAAAACCUGAUCGCGAAUGUCCAGUUCUGCAGCCGGAAAUCGAGCAUGGCAAGAUGACAGUAACGGGAAAUUUGUUUGGAGAUGACGCUCAUUAUCAAUGUGAUCACAACUACUUCAUUGUUGGUCUGGCUGACAGAACGUGUCGGGCCGACGGACGCUGGAGUGGUACCACACCGAUAUGCACCAAGGAUCGCAACUCUUUUUGCACAGAACCCCCGAAAAUUAGCAACGCAAAACAUUAUGCUCCCGUGGACCAAAAGGGCUUCGAAUUGAACUCGACCAUUCAAUAUUUCUGCGACUACGGUUUUGAGACAACGGGAUUUCAAAAUGCGAUGUGCUUUUUGAUGGACGGCAAAGCCAGUUGGUUUGGUCCUGACAUCAUUUGCAAACCGGUUAAUUGCAAAUUGCCACCAGACAUUGCCAAUGGUUGGCACGGAGGUGAAUGUUACACUUACGACUGUCGGAUCACUUACCACUGUGUGGACGGAUACAAACUCGUCGGCAAGCCGGAAAAAAUAUGUCUGGCUGACGGAACAUGGUCACCAAAAGAAGUUCCUCAAUGUCUUCAUGGAGGUCCUGCCCAGUGUCCGAUACCAGAGAACCCCCGGUACGGAAAAGCCAUCUACACAUCUCACUCGUACAACGCGAUCGUCUCGUACGAGUGUAUCCAUGGGUACGUCUUGGUAGGAAUGACUACUCGAAAAUGUCAAGCUGAUAGAAAAUGGUCUGAUCAAGCACCUAUUUGCGAGGAAAUAAAUUGUGGAUCCCCUGGAGUCCUCUACAAUGGCUGGAUUGAAAACAUCGAACACGGUACUGGAUUGGGCGCCAGCAUAAUUUUCCGAUGUAAGGAACACAUGAAGCUUGAAGGCAACACGUCAUCUGUCUGUGAGAACGACGGUAAAUGGCGUUAUCCCGUGCCUCACUGCCUAGCUCCCUGUAUCAUACCGCAAAUAGAAAAAGGUCACAUUUCUGUGGACUCCCACGAGGCAGAUCACAUCAAUAAUGUCACAGUUGUCGAACACGGCGAGCGUAUUUACGUCCACUGUAUCGAGAAUUACGAAUUUGCUGCUAAUAAUACUCCAGUGACCUGCAACAAUGGCACCUGGACCAUUAUUCCAUCAUGCACACCAGCGCGUUGCAAACAGAUGCCCAAGUCACCGAAAAACGGGAUGGUGAUAGCGCCCAAGAUGAAUCACGGAAUGCGUGCGAUCUUCAAGUGCAAGGACGGUUUCAAUCUCACUGGAGGGGGUCCAAAUAACUCAUCCAAACACGUUGAGUGUCAUUAUGGGACUUGGAUCGGUGACAUUCCUCACUGUGUUGAAGUUUACUGCGCGUUUCCUGGCUACGUGCCCAACGGGAAAGUUCUGCUUGUGGGCAACAUGGGUGUUUACGAUUAUCGCCCGUACGUGAAGAAAGUUCCCAAUAACAAACAAAUCAUGUAUGACUGUGAUAAAGGGUUUGUUUUGAAUGAAGGGCCAACUGGUGCUACGUGCAUUGGUGGCAACUGGAGUCCUCGACAGCUGCCCGCAUGCCUCCCUGGUCAACACCCCCGCAUCCGCUGGAGCCGAAGACGCAGAUCUAUCGAUGCACUGGAAAAGUCCAUCAGUCUCAAUACCAACGCGACUUUAAACUUCAAAAAGUUCAUCGACUACUUCCGUCGCGUCGGCAAGAAGCUCCUUCAUCUAGAACUGGAGAAGUCACGAUCUCGCGAGCUUCCAGAUGUUGACCCAGUCAAAAUCAUAAACUUGACUGUUGGUGAUCGUGGCUCCAGACGCAAGGACAAUUCCAAUCGUACUGUUGACAAUUUGGUAGUACGUAAGAAACACUAUCACAAGAAAUCACGGAACAAGGACGAGAAGAUGAUUGAGUUUCUACGGAGUACUUACCGUAAAUUAAAACGUAUCGAUUCUAAGCGGUCUUCCAACUCGACAAACAAUCACAAUAUGACUAUGCAUGAUAUUCUCAACCUGAUGAGCAAAAACUUCUUCCACGUAGACCUGGCAGAAAGUCACCAUCCCAAUUCCUCGCGUCACGACAAUCUGCAAGUCCACAAUCAGCGUGAAUUCACAAAAUUGAAACGGGAAUUCGAAAAGAUAAUGCGUUUCUACAACAAAUCAUUGAGAUGGAGUGAAAAGCAUAAUCGCAAUGCUAAAAAACAUCGAAAUAACAGUGAAAACAAUGACGAGAGUGAUGACAAUGGUGAUAGUGAUAGUGACCAAUCAAAAUCAAACAAAAAACGCACCAAAGAUAAAUCAAAAAAUUAUUACCGUGGUUUCUACGAAUUUAUUAACGGAUACGUUAACGAAAAACUGUCGAUACUAGAAUCUGCGCAGCAGAAUACAUCGAAUGACUUGUUGUCGACAGUAGAUUUGGAUAAAUUGGAUUUAAAAAACGGCACGACUUUCACCGUUGGUGAAAUUUAUGCGUUUUUCAAACAUAUCAUUGAAAAUAAAUUAAAUACCGAUAAAAUUGAUUACACAAGUGAAUCAAAAGCCCCGGGGAAUACUGUUGCGAUAAACAAAGUCGAAAAUAAUCAAACGAAGGGAAAUUUGAGCUCAAUUGUGGAAUUCGUAAGCACAGUACAAACGGCUUUGAGAGCUACCAGUUCUCUGGUACCGACAACGGUUCCAAGUACUUCAAUCAAAAUAGAAGCUAUUAAUGAUAUUCCUUUGACGGAAAAUACCACCGAGAUUGCUAAACACCGAAGCAAACGUAUACGGAACGCUGCUGACGUCAAAGAGUCAGAUUCUCGUAAAAAUCGUAAGCUGCUUUCAACGAGUCCCGAUAAUGAGAAUCCAAAUUACGAGGGUAGAAAAUUGUUCACCUUAAAUGGAUUAGACGCACAGCAACAGAGUCGCUCUAAACGUUUUUUACCCCACGCGGAAUUAGAUAAUCAAAUAAUACUCAAAAAUUUGUACUUGAACGCUUAUGAAGACGAAUAUCGCGCCAACGUCAGACGCUCCGUUAUGACAAAUGAUAGUGGAGAUUUGAAUCUAAAUAGCACGAGACGUCGCAAAGGCAAUCUUAGUUUGAGUAAGUGAUAGAAAUUAUAUUGUGUGAUAUUUAAAAAAAAUGAUUUGUUGAUUUAUUUGUUCAUUGGUUUUUUGAAAAUUAUUUAUGACACGUCAUAAGAAUUUUAGACUGUAUACGUAUUACAUAUUUACAUAUUAUAUAUAAAAUUAAAUAUAUAUAAUAUAGUUGA